UACUCGUAGCUUUAGUGAGCAGCUUUCAUGAGCAUGUCCGCUUUUUCAAAGUUCGCCCAACCGACGCUUGUGAUAUAAGGCUGGGCUGUUUUCUUAAACUUGCUGAGCAUAAUGUAGCACGUAGCAUGCUGCGUAAAAUGUAGCGAAUUGGCAGUAGCGAACGAUCGCAUACGAAACGUGAAUAUAGCACACCUCGCGCGUUCCUUCUGUGUACAACAUGUCGACGGGUUUUGAAACGAAAACUCCGAUUACUGUUCAUCCACUUUCGAAACACUCUAACAAGGCAUGGGAAAAGCUAAAGCCGCACCAGAAAUUGAUCAGGGUUAAUCCGAUACCUCUCAAGACACCAGUAUCGCCGAAUUCCAUACGCUUUGUCUGCAUAUCUGAUACCCAUUCAUUCACAAAUGAAAUGACACACAAAGUUCCUCCGGGUGAUGUGCUUCUCCAUGCAGGCGACUUUACUCGCAGGGGGUCGCUUCAAGAAGUGAUUUGUUUCAAUGAUUUCUUAGGGUCGCUACCUCACAGGCACAAAUUUGUCAUUGCUGGAAAUCAUGAGUUGAGCUUUGAUCCGUCGAAAGUCAAACACAGUGCACCCUACAGCAUACAGACCCCACAGCAGGACAUCACACGCCAAGCCAAGCAACAUCUCAGAAACUGCGUCUACUUGGAAGAUCAAGCAGUUUCCGUGUAUGGGAUCAAAAUCUACGGGUCGCCCUGGCAGCCAGAAUUUGCUGGAUGGGCUUUCAACGUCCCGCGCGGUCGUCAGCUUCUUGACAUCUGGGAUAGGAUACCCGAGGAUACAGAUGUACUAUUGACUCAUACCCCUCCUAUAGGGCAUGGAGACCUUUGUAUUAUGGGGACUCAUGUAGGCUGUGUAGAACUCCUAAGUGUAGUGCAGAAAAGAGUGAAGCCCCUUUACCACAUCUUUGGACACAUCCACGAAGGUUAUGGUAUCACAAGUGAUGGCCAAACUACAUUUAUAAAUGCCUCAAUAUGCAACAUCCAGUAUAGGCCGGUGAACCCUCCAAUUAUAUUUGAUAUUCCGUUACCGCAAGGAGUAACAAAGUGAAGUCUACAUGAAUCUGCACUGUAUGACGUGUGUCUGCAAUAGUUUUGCAAGAAGUCUUACAGCUAUGGGUAUGCGUAGUUUUGCAAGAACCCUUACUUUACAACGAUAGGAUAUACAUAUAUAUAUAUAUUUGUGCAUUUCUGUACUAAUAAAAUGAUGGAAAUGGAAAAACAAA